UUCAAGUCAUUCGAACAAUAGUGGUGUCCAAUGAUUAUGGUACCGGUUAGUGCCGCUUCUGAGAGCAUUGUCAAGCAUUGUGGCGUCAAAACAAAUGUCACGUUUGCCUUGUAAACUAAUUUUUGGUUUACUUAUGAUUUUUUGUUUUGCUAGAAGUGUUAGUAGCCAAACUUAUAGAAAUAUGAGCAUUCUUACGGGACUUCACUCUGUAGUGUAUGUUACUGUCCCGACACAGGAAGUUGCCAAAACAUUAGCACAUGGCUUGGUGAGAAAUAAGUUAGCCGCAUGCGUUAAUAUCAUACCAUCGAUCACAUCAGUGUACGAGUGGAAGAACGAAAUUAACGAAGACAAUGAACUCUUACUGAUGAUGAAAACUAGGACCGAUACUGUAGAUUCUUUGACCAAAUAUGUAAAGGAAAACCAUCCAUAUGAAGUUUGCGAAGUAAUAUCUUUACCUAUUCAAAAUGGAAAUGAAAAAUACCUCCAAUGGAUCAGUGAAAUAGUUCCACCCAUUGAUCAGAGAUUAGGAACUGAAAAUUAAUUAUUCCUUUUCUGUUCGUGUUUGGUGAUAUUUUGAUCCAUUACGUUAUAGCAGAAACAUUUAUUUACUAUAUAUUAAAAUAAUGCAUUUAAAAAGUGCUUUUGUGAAUAUUUCAUGAUUGUGAAAAAUUAUAUUAAACCAUUUACCAGGAAACAAAUUGUUUUAUUAGAAUAUAAAAUUAAAAGUACUAUAACUGAAAUCAAUCUGAACACAUUGAUAUGUAUACAUGAAUAUAGAAGUAAGCAUUAAGUAAUAGCAGUUUAGUGAAGUAUUUCCAUAUCUGAUACUACGUACAACUACAAGAGUAAAACUUACAUAAAUCAAUAUAAAAAUAAGUACUAUAACUAUUAAUCAUGUGUGUUUUCUUCAUUUCCUACAAAUUUUGUUCUCCCUGCAAUGAAAAUAUUAUCCUUAUCCUCGUAUUAUUAAUAUUAUCAUCAGUCAUUUUUAUUAUUAUAAGUAUUAGUGAUAAUAAAGUUCAUUAUUGUUUCGGUGGAUUACAUACGCAAAUUUUAUAUGCCUGCAAAAUUUGCUAUGAUAUAUUAAGCAAUAUAGGCAUACAUAUGCCAUACUUAUACGAAUGUAUAUAUAUUAUAACAAAUCACUCGUAGUUCAGUACCAUUCGUUACAGGAAUAUUACGUAAUACAG